AAGCUGAAAGAUUAGUUAUUGACAAGGGCAAAAAUGGUAGCUUUUUAGUUCGGGAGAGCCAGAGUAAACCAGGCGAUUAUGUCUUGUCUGUUCGGACUGACGAUAAAGUCACUCAUGUCAUGAUACGCUGUCAGAAACAAACAACAGAUAGAUGAAAAUUACUUGCUUUACCUCUUCUAUUCACGUUUGCUUAGUUAAUUUAUUUGUCUGUGGCUUUCUUAAUAUUUACUCUGUUUGUUACUGAUAAAUAAAGAAACUGGAACUCAUGAUUAACCUUGUUGUUUUGAAAUUUAGGACGGUAAAUAUGAUGUUGGUGGGGGUGAAAAAUUCGAUAAUCUUACUGAUCUUGUUGAGCAUUACAAGAAAAAUCCCAUGGUUGAGACAUCUGGAACUGUCGUGCAUUUAAAACAACCGUUCAAUGCCACACGCAUAACUGCUUCAACGAUAGAAUCUCGUGUGAAAGAAUUAUCCAAGGAUAAUUGUGUUACUAAUGGAAAGGCAGGCUUUUGGGAAGAAUUUGAGUAUCUUCAACAACAAGAAUGUAAGCACCUUUAUAGCAGGAAGGAAGGACAGAAAUCUGAGAACAGAGCAAAGAAUCGUUACAAGAACAUUUUGCCAUUUGAUCAUACUCGUGUAAUUCUAACUGGAGUUGACCAAAAUGUGCCCGGAUCUGACUAUGUAAAUGCCAAUAUAAUUAGGCCAGAAGAAACCGGACCGGGUGAUGCACCUAAAACUUAUUACAUUGCAACGCAGGGAUGCCUAAUGAAUACCGUAGGUGAUUUCUGGUGGAUGAUAUGGCAAGAGAAUACUAGAGUGAUUGUCAUGACUACUAAAGAAGUGGAAAGAGGAAAGAAUAAAUGCUUUAAAUAUUGGCCAGAUAAGGGAGAAACUAAAGAGGCUGGAAAAAUAAAGAUUAAAAGUUUAGCCGAAUCGGCUACUGUCGAUUACACUUUGCGAGAAUUUCAGGUUACUAAAGAAGGAUGGUCUUCCCCGAGAACUAUCUAUCACUAUCAUUUCACCGCUUGGCCCGAUCACGGAGUUCCGUCCGACCCAGGUUGCGUUCUGAAUUUCUUGCACGACGUUAACCAUCGCCAAGAAUCUAUUCCCAAUGCCGGUCCAAUAGUUGUUCAUUGCAGUGCCGGCAUAGGAAGGACGGGAACUUUCAUUGUCAUCGACAUGAUAGUGGACCAGAUAAAAAAACAAGGCAUAGACUGCGAAAUCGAUAUUCAGAGGACGAUACAGAUGGUGAGAGCGCAGAGAUCCGGAAUGGUUCAAACGGAAGCGCAGUAUAAAUUUGUCUAUCUUGCUGUCGAACAUUAUAUGGAAACAUUACAAAAACGAAUGCAAGCGGAACAGAAAAGUAUACAGCUAGGAAGAGAAUACACAAAUAUAAAAUACACGAAUGAAGAUGCCGGAGGAGAUUUGACCAAAACACUUUCCUGUUCUACCGUUUCGUUAACUCCGAGCCCGAGUAGCCCGACGCUUCUGCCUCGUGACUCGGAUAUCAAGAAGCCCCUCGUACCGCCUAGACCUAAUAUCGAAUCGUUAAUUCCAAGUAUGAAAACAUUUCCAAGACCACCCGGAGAAUCUCUUCGACAAAUUUACGAAAAUAUUCCCUUAAAAGAAAAGACGCCCAUUUACGGUUAUUUUAAUAUCGGUCCCCCUCCGUCGGUGGCACCUCCGCCGCCGCCGCCGAGAAAAUCGUGACAAUAAAUUGGUUAAGAAGUUUAGGAAAAAGUUUGGAAUCAAAUAGCUUAAAAGAGGACAUUGAAGAUUUUUUAAUAGAAGAUGUAACAACUGUAUGAAUGUUUGUUAGAGAAAAUGCCAACAUUUUAUAAUUUAAAUGUGCCAAUUUUAAUCUUUUUUGGUGUUUUGUCAAACCCAAGGCACACCUGUUGACUGAAUUGAAAAAUGUCUAUCAUCCAGUUGAUUGCUAUUUAAAUAUAUAAAAUGGUUAUUGUUUAUUUUAUUGAAUGAUUUGCCAUUUCCUAUGUAUACGUACAGGAAAUGCGGCACAAUUUUUAAAUUUUAAAGAGCCAUAUUUAUAUAUAGUACGAUAAUUUUUACUUUGAAGAUUGUGCCAAAUCGCUUGCGGAAGUCGUCGGAGUUCGGAACCGCUCUUCACCAUCCGAACGGUCUUUUUAUAUUUGUUAUAUAUUCUGCGAGCGAUGUAAGUUUAUGGACCACUUUUUUUGUAUAUGACAGAUUAUCUAGUAUAUUAUUAAUUUUUGUGAUUUAUGAAAUAAUCAAAUAAAGAGGAUUGUUAUAAUUGUUGAUAUUGCUCAGUCACGUGUGCAAGAUCCUAUGAGCCAAUGUUAACAAUCCAUGAAGAUUUAAAAUAAAAAUGAACUUAAUAAGUGAAAAAUGACAAUAAAAAAUUGAUUUCUUUAUUAUCCAGA